AUGAAAAGUCGUUAUGCACGAAUUAAUGAAGCUGCAAACAAAUGGGUUGCUGCGUAUAGAGAGGCAUAUCGGCAGAAAAGGAGCGGAAUGAGUAUGAAAGAUGUUGAGAAACAGGCUCAUUCAAUUUUUDAGGAGGGUGGGAGCAAGUUUAAUGAGUUGUAUGUUUAUAACGAAGUUAUGUGUAAACAUCCCAAAUGGGCUUUAGAUUUAGAAAGUAACACAACACGUUCUCGCCCUGUAUAUGAAGUGGAUGAUGAAGAAAGUGGUGGAAGMACAAAAAGAUCAAGAACUUCAGAAGAAGGAGAUUACUCUGUUGAAACCAACAAAGAAUCGCCAAGUGAUGGUGGUUCAAAAGUUCAACGUCCUAUGGCUAGAGAUGCGACAAAGAAAAAAGUAAAAGGUAAGGCAUCACAAUCUUUUGUAGUUCAUGUAGAAAAGAUGUUGAACGAGCAUUUGGAGUUUUACAAGCUCGCUUUGCAUUUAUUCGACGACCAUGUCUUGUUUGGGACAGACAUCUAA